AUGAUUUCCCCUGUGCUCUUCUUCUCCUUGAGUUUUCUUUGUCACGUUGCUAUUGCAGGACGGACCUGUCCCAAGCCAGAUGAAUUACCAAAUGCCGAAGUUACUCCAUUAAAAUCGUCCUAUGAGCCUGGAGAGCAGAUUGUGUACUUCUGCAGGCCGGGCUAUGUGUCCCGGGGAGCCAUGAGGCAGUUCACGUGCCCGCUCACAGGCAUGUGGCCCAUCAACACUCUGAAAUGUCUACCUAGAGUAUGUCCUUUUGCUGGAAUCUUAGAAAAUGGAAUUGUACGCUAUACAACGUUUGAAUAUCCCAACACGAUCAGCUUUGCUUGUAAAAAGGGGUUUUAUCUGAAUGGAACUAAUUCUGCCAAAUGCACUGAGGAAGGAAUCUGGAGCCCAGCGCUUCCUGUCUGUGCACCUGUAACCUGUCCUCCACCACCUAUACCAAAAUUUGCAAAACUUCAUAUUCACAAGCCUUCAGCUGGAAAUAACUCACUGUAUCUGGACACCGCAGUCUUUGAAUGUUUGCCUCAGCAUGCCAUGUUUGGAAAUGACACAAUUACCUGCACCGCACAUGGAAAUUGGUCUGAAUUGCCCGAAUGUAGGGAAGUAAAAUGCCCAUUUCCCUCAAGACCAGAUAAUGGAUUUGUGAACUACCCUGCAAAACAAGCCCUAUACUAUAAGGAUAAAGCCACGUAUGGUUGUCAUGACACUUUUGUUCUGGACGGUCCAGCAGAAGUAGAAUGUGGCAAGCUGGGGAACUGGUCUGCUCAGCCAAGUUGUAAAGCAUCUUGUAAAUUAUCUGUUAAAAAAGCCACUGUGCUUUACAAAGGGGAGAGAGUAAAGCUCCAAGAGAAAUUUAAAAAUGGAAUGUUACAUGGUGAAAAAGUUUCCUUCUUCUGCAAAAAUAAGGAAAAGAAAUGCAGCUACACAGAGGACGCCGAAUGCAUAGAUGGUACCAUUGAAAUCCCCAAAUGCUUCAAGGAGCACAGUUCCUUAGCUUUCUGGAAAACGGAUGCGUCAGAUGUCCAGGCCUGCGAAAGUGAUUCUUAG